UUUCUGACAUAGAAUUUUAUUUAUACUAACUCAGAUAUUCUUAAGAGUGAUUCUAGAUUCAAAAUGAAAGGAAGUUUGAAAACUUUAAGAAUCAACAACCAUUCAACUAAGACAAACUUCAAUGAUUGGUCAGAUCCAAAGUACACAAUACCUUGUAAGAGAGAGACUUCAAUCUUUGAUGGUAAAACUUCCUUACCAUCAGAAGCAGAGCUGAGUGAUAAAGAUGAUGUGAGGUCAAUUACAUCCAAUACUUAUGUUGAACUAGGAGAAUUACGACAUAGGAUAAGAACAGGAUCUCCCCUGAUGACCAAAAAAGAAGUGAGAGAGUACAGACUACCGUUUCAUGAGAGUUUACUUCUCAAUUUAAAAGAUGAUGGGUUUUUGUUGACCCAUGAGUUUGUCAAAGACCUGAUUGCUGUUGAUGAAGCAUAUCACAAGGAACCAGGAAGGGAUAAAACGGAGAAAAGAAAAAUUUUGAAAUAUACUAAAUCUGCACUGGUUCCACUUGCCAAUGGAUUGAUGAAGGCUGAAAGUUCUCGGUUGAACGAAGAAAAAACCCAAGAGGCAACAGCAUUUCUAGAUUUGGCAACGUACUUUGGCAACUCCGAAAAUUCAUGGUCUUGGAUCGCUCUUGAGAUGUUCGAACAAUGCAUGGAAGUGAUGAAAAAUAUUGAACAGCCUGACCCUCAGUUACAAGCGAUUUCUAAACAUUUAUACGGUUCUUUUUUGUUUUACAAACAGCAAGAUUUUAACGAAGCAAGAGCUCAAAUAGAAAGCUCAAUGGCCUUGUCUGAAGGUAAAUAUUGGAAAGUCGGUGAAACAGAGACAAAUCUUUACCUUGAAUCUUGUGGUCUGCUGCAUAAAAUAUUUCUGGAAAUGUCUCAGAGAGAAUUGAUCCGUGAGAAUAUAGAGGAAGCGAUACAAUUGUGUAGAAACAGUUUACUCUGGGCUAAGGUUAUCAGUGACAAGUCUGCUGAAGCUGAUGCGCUGCACAAGUUGAUUAAGAUUUAUCUGUCAGCCCAGCUACUCAACUCAGUCCCAGAGCUGCUGGAGUGUUACAUGAAGCUUUGUACAGAACUAGGAAAUGUCCAAGGCCAGUGUGAGGGUUACAUCCUGAGUGCGAGAUACAACAGUUAUGUUGAUAACAAGUCCAAUGUCAUCGAAGACAUGAAAAAUCUCUUAAAAAUUGCAACAGAAAACCACAUAACAAAGAUGGUCGCUUUAGCCCAUCACAAGUUGGCCUCGUACAGCCUACUGGCAGGAUCAGAUCAAGAACUGCUUGAACAUUCCAUCAAAGCUUACAUGUCCUAUUUGAAUUUGAAUGCGAAUAUGAAAGAGAGAGAUGAGGCGAAAUGUCUUGUUGGAAUCGCACAGGGUCAGCAAAUGGUGAAAGCCUAUUGCAAUUUAGUUUUCGAAGCUGACAAUAACAAUAUUAAGCAACAAUCUAGCUUGUUUCAUUGGAAAGAUUUGAGAAUACCGUUCUCUGAGCAUAAACUUGAGUUGAUACCUGAAAUAUCUCCAAAUGUCAACCUUUUGGAAAGAGUGGAAUGGAAGAGAGCAGAAGAAAAUUUAGAUCGAGUCCUUAGACGGCAGUCGAUAUCAAUGAUGACUUCAAGAAGAGCUUCGACGAUUAUGUUUCGUCCAAUACGUCCUUCCCAUUCUAAUACCACACACACAACCAUAGCAAAAGACAGGAAUCAAACGGUAAACGAGCAAACAUUUAAAUCGUCCAAUUCAACCAUAGAAGAAACUAAAUACAGAAGCAUUAGUUUCUUGGAUAACAGCCAAAAUAUACAAUCUGCCUCAGAAUUAAUUGAACAAGAUUAAAUAUGCUUGCA